GCGUCGACUUUCAACUUCUAUUUAUCUUUUCCUGACAAGGUUUCUAAAAUCUGAAAUGCAGUCCAAACUUAAUGACAAGCAGUUGUAAAUUGUUUUAGUACAACUUAGUGUACUGAAGUGGGUUGAUUUUUCAAAUGGUUUCAUGAACAUAGAAUUCCUUAUCGUUGAACUGCACUAUAGACUUCUCGAAAUCCCUGCCUUUGGUCUUCAUUUUCAUCCAGCUUCCCACCUUCUUUUUCCUUCCCAGUCUUUUGUUUCUUCUUAGCUUUUAUAACUUUCAUCGUCUUCAGCACACUUCUCUGUUCUAAACCCGUCGCAAGUCUUGUCUCUCAACUAAACAUCUAGCCAGCAUGGAUGUUGACGGCGAUUCACGCUAUAAAGAUAUCGACUCUCAAAGCACUAGCGACAUCACAGACUUCCAACCCAUCAAGCGACGCAGUUCUUCCCUCCCUUCCAUCCUCCUCGGCUGUAUAGCCAGCUUUGUAUUAGCUGGCUUCCUCAUCACCGUUGUGCGCUGGCCAUGGUCUAAAGGCGAUUCCGGCUACUACGCAUACACAGACUGUGGAAAGACGCCCGAGGAAGCGCGAUCUAGAGGAUGUAGCUACUAUCCCAUGGGACGCUUUUGGGCGCCUCCGGAGUGUUCGUUUCCCGAAGGCAACGACAACUAUCAUCCCUUCCGCGACCGGGAAUGGUUCGUCGACACGAACUUGACGAUUCCUGCCGACAUCUCCCGAUUAGAAUCAGGUGAUGCCCGUCGGGCUUUUACUCAUUAUUGGCAUGAUGAGCAUUGCACAUUUGUGCUACAGAAGUUGGCAUUGGCGGUUGCGCUGAAGAAAACGAUGGUUCCGGGAUUGGUGGGAAGUAUUCAUCAUGUUAAUCAUUGUGCGAUGACGAUUACGAAAACGAUCAAGAAUGCGUAUAAUGAGACUUUCCUUGCGAACGAUAUGUCGAUAACGGAGAGUACUUUAGGUUUCAUGCCUUGCGUACCACUUAAGAGCCUUAUGAACAAUCCAGGAUACGAAAAUUAGUUCCUUUGUUUCUAUGGAAGAAGGAACUAGGGGCUGUAACAGUAUUUAGCAAGUGAAAUCUCUGGAGAUCUAUCUGUACCUAAAGAUUACAGCAGCAUAAUGAAUAAAUUGAAGCUCAGCA